AGGUGUGAUCCCUUUUUUAUUACCAUUUCAGAUGGGUCGAUAUUCGACAGAACCGGAAAAUCCUACCAAGUCGUGCAAAGCACGGGGUUCAAACCUCCGAGUGCACUUCAAAAACACCCGGGAGGCAGCUCAAGCCAUCAAGCAUAUGCAUAUCCGAAAGGCGAACCGAUAUCUCAAAGAUGUGAUUGCUAAAAAACAAAUUGUCCCUUUCAGAAGAUUCAAAGGUGGUGUUGGACGAAAGGCUCAGGCAAAGAAUUUCAAUGUACCAGGCUCACAAGGUCGUUGGCCAAAAAAGAGUGCUGAGAUCUUACUGCAACUUUUGAAAAAUGCGGAAAGCAAUGCAGAGUUAAAGGGCUUAGAUGUGGACGCAUUGGUAGUUGAACAUAUACAGGUUAAUGAAGCUGCCAAGAUGAGGCGUAGAACAUACAGGGCCCAUGGUCGAAUUAAUCCCUACAUGAGUUCACCAUGCCAUGUUGAGAUGAUCCUUGCCGAGAAAGGACAAGUUGUUCAGAAAGCUGAAGAUGAGAUGGAAAUUAAGAAAGUAUCGAAAAAGAAAGAAAAGAGGGAGAAAAUGAAAUCUCGUGAUAUGUAAAUUUUUUCCCAAUGUUCAAUAAAAUCUUGUUCGAAUUCCUGUUCA